AUGGGUCCAAAAUUAUUAUCCGUGGAUUCCACCAGAAUUCCAGGCUUCCCUGGCGCGCCCAUCCAUCUGGACAGAGCACCACUUCGAAUAAUUGACGAUGCAGACGCGAAUUUCGACAAGGACACCGACACCAACGAUCUGACCACCGCCAUUGGCAUCACAAACGUGCUGUACCGCUGGUGUCCCUUCGCGCUGCACGCCUUCCUCGACAUCGAUGCCUGGUUCUCCUUCACAUGGACCCUGACCAUCCAGGACGAGAUGAAGAUCGAAAUCGGACGCGUGGAAAACCAAAUCACCAUCGGUACACUGGACGCAGCAGGUGAAAAGUGGACGUUGAUGUUGACGUUCAACAUCACCACCGAAGGACCACAGAGGGGAGCUUGGGUGCCCAAUCCUGGUGAAAGCAUGCUCGGCGACAACGACCUCACUGACCCUGCACAAAUCGACAGACUGGGCAGAGAAUUUGUGAGGGAUCUGUGUCUUAAAGAGCGUUGGACGACGGGCAAGAAAAUGCAGCAUCAGUUGUUUGUCGAGUAUGCACUCAUGGAUCCCUUCAGCGAUGGCAUCCCUAUGAACCCACACUGGCUCUACAAAUCUCUGGACCUCAGUCUCUGCACCAAAUGUGGCAUCCACAAAGAUGCCAAGUCCUUGCAACGUUGUGGUAGAUGUGGUACAGCAGCUUAUUGCUGUCCUUCACACCAAAAACAAGAUUGGCCUGUGCAUAAAAGCAUCUGCAAUAUGAGUUUGGAAGACAGAGGCCAGAUGUUGAAGAUUUCUCAGAACGAUGGGUUGAUUGGAUGGGAUUUGUCAAAGACGGUGUUUGAUGAGGAUGAAGACGACGAGGAGACUUUGUGCAAGAAUCCUAACUUUGUGACGCCGCAGUUGAAGAGGGCACGUCAGACGAAUGCAAAGAUCAGUACUAUGUAA